AUGAUAAAUUAUAUUGAAAACAUAGGUGAUCUUCAUGCUUACGAAACAAAUUCUUUAAAAAUGUCUUCAACUGACAGAUAUUUAAUAAAGCCUUCCAUUACAUUACAUCCAAAGGGUUCUUUAAAAGAUCCAUUUAAUCAAUUACACUCUAAAAAUUUCAACCAAUUGUUUUCUUUUAUAAAAACUUGUCAGAACAAAGAAUUCUGGGAUGAAUUAAAUGUCUUGGAAAAACUUUAUUAUAAGAAUAAGAAUCAACAUAAACAAUUCAUGCCAUUUGCUUUAACAUGUAUGUCAGUGAUUAGUAGAUUAAAUAUUUUGACAAAAGUUUGGAUUGAAGAAAUAAAAAUUUCUUAUAAAAUGUUGAGAAAUUGGAUUCAAUAUUUUCCAAAUGAUAAUGAUGAUUUAUUAGAUAAUGAAUUUCCUGAUUCAUUAGAAGAAAUAAAAUCAAUUCAACAAUCCCUUUAA